CAGAUGCAUUUCUUUCCAAUUCAAUUACUGGUAUUAUUUUUUGCUGAAAAAAUUGCAUUUGCUGAAAAUUCUGAUCAGACCGUGUCUCGGGUGGACUCGAACCGGUAUUCGGUUGCCGCCGAGAAGAAAUUCCUACUUUACGAUGUAAACUUCGGAGAGGGUUUCAAUUUACGAAGAGAUGUAUAUAUGCGGGUUGCGAAUACAGUAAGAUCGUUGCGAGACUCUGGAGAAAAUUAUAUUCUCGUGUUGCCUCCAUGGGGACGGCUUCAUCACUGGAAACGAAUGGAGGUGGCGCUUUCGUGGCGUCUUUUUUUCGAUUUGGAGAGUUUGAAUCGGUUUAUUCCGGUUAUUGAGUUUGAGGAUUUUCUUGACGAAACAGAAAAUCGUCCGAUCGAUCAAGUAAUCUACCUGCAACAUUAUGCAGAGGGCUGGGGAACUGAAUAUGUUCGAAAAUUCGAGAAACGGAGCUGCCUUCCACCAGCGGAAUCACAUUAUAAACAGGUGGAAGAGUUCAAAUGGAAAGGCUGGUUCUACUCUUACGAAGACGUGUAUUCUAGAAAUUUCCAAUGUGUUUCGAUUCAAGGCGACUCUGGAACGCUGAAAGAUCUUCUGAAGCACUCGAAUUUUUCUGAAUCUACGUCGAUUAUGGUAGAUCGAGCAGAGACAAUCCUUCAUGAACAUUAUGGAGAAGUUGAUUACUGGAAGGCGAGAAGGAGUAUGAGAUAUUCCAAUGAUCUUGUGGAUGUUGCUGACGCGUUUAGAAAAAAGUACUUGGACUCUGACGACAAAAGAGACAAAACCAAGUUAGUUGAUGACUGGACUAAAGAAAAGCCAAGAAGAACUGCAAUCGGAGGACCAUAUCUCGGAAUUCACUGGAGGCGAAGAGAUUUCCUGUAUGCUCGGCGUGCACAGCUCCCAACAAUUCCUGGGACCGCAAAGAUUCUGCAAGAUCUGUGCAAGAAGCUUGAUCUACAAAAGAUCUAUCUAGCUACAGAUGCUCCGGAUCAAGAAGUCGAUGAGCUCAAAGCUCUGUUGAAUGGAGAGUUGGAAGUUUACAGAUUUACUGACACACAGAAGCUUAAUGAUGGACAAAUUGCUAUAAUUGAUCAGUACCUCUGCGCACACGCCGCGUAUUUCAUCGGAAGCUACGAGUCGACGUUCACAUUCCGAAUUCAAGAAGAUCGAGAAAUCAUCGGAUUCCCGAUUUCGACGACUUUCAACCGUCUGUGCCCGGAUACGGAGCCCACCUGUGAGCAGCCGGCCAAAUGGAAAAUAGUUUAUUAAAUUAUUUUUUGUAUAAUAUAUUACGGAUCUCUUCAAUAUUGGUUAAAAAUCAUAAUAUCUAAUUUCAUCUGUCAAUUUUUGAGAAUUGAUGCAAUUGCGCUCUCUUGUAAAGUUUCGCGUCGAGACCCAAUAAAUUGGCAAAGGGGCGUGUUUGCACCAAAUUUCCCGAGAAAGUAACAAUUUAACAAAUAUGUUUAUGGCAUAAUAAACUUGUUAAUACAUUUAAAUAAUCU